AUGCAACGCCACAUUACUUGGCUUUUUCCCUUCGUACUAACAUGGUCACAGGCCAUACAAGUGGCUUCCUGCUAUCAAAAACGUGAGCACGUGUCAAUAGCUUCAUCUGUCGACGGACAAAGUGCUCAAAGCACUACGUCGUUCACGACACUUUACCCUCCUCAGAACUCCUUUAGGGUAUUAAAAGCUGACACGAAAGGUGUUUACAACACGCAGCUCGAGCGUGAAGGACAUCCGUCUUUACUGCCCUUCCCUCUGCCUUCAAUUGACCUUGGCAUCGGUGGUAAUGCGGGAGUUGUAACUGAAACCCCAUCUCCUACUGGAAGUUCUGAUGAGUGGACCACAACCGUUAUAGAGACUGUAACUGUCACUUUGCCAUUGAGUGACCCUACUUCUGUGUCAAGCCAGGGAACACCACAGCCGUCUACUCCGGCGUCUACCACUCAGACCCUCGCAUCUCCAGUACACGCAACAGAAACUCCGCAAUCUGCCGCCAAAUCUGCCAGCAUGAAUGGACAGGAUGUUUUCGAGACAGUGUCUUUGGAUGCCGUCCCAUCGAACAUUCCCACUAAGAAUGACCAUCCGGUACCACAGCUUGGAAUUGUCAACACUACGUCUCCCGUAGAAACUAACAAGUUCUAUGCAAAUUUCUUCCUCGGAAAUCAGACUACCCCAUCAUUUACCCAUCCUUAUUCAUUGUCAUGGGCAAAGGGGUCAGGAGCAGCAGAAAGCUGGGGAAUGGCUAUUUCUCAUACCGACAUGAAUCAAUUGGUUUACGGCAAUUCCAGUCAAUCCAUUCCAGGAAACCCUGUUGAAUACUACCUCAAUCCUAUUGGCCUCCAGUCUCUUAUCAUGUCUGCGAAGGAAUUGGGGAAGACAAGUGUUCUAAACACUGACCGCAUGACGGGGUUUUCUGCUGAUGUUAUUCUAAAACCUUCCAAUGGAUCAACUCAAAGCAUUACCUUCCCUGUUCUCCAGGGCAUGGGUUUUGUAACGGGAAUUUACUCUGGCUUGCAACCCCAGAUCCAAAGCAGCAUCUUGUUCCGAAACGUUGUGGUAGCCGGUUCUCCACGGCCAGGUACUUAUAAAUAUCAAAUCACUCUCGAAGACAGCAAGGAUUGGCUCAUGUAUGUCACACCGGACGACGGAAUGGCACCUAAUUUCAACUUCACUACGUCGACCACCACCCUUCAAGGCCCUGCUGGCUUUUCCGGUACUAUUCAAAUCGCAAAGAACCCUGCUGGCGCUGGAGGUGAGGCAGUCUAUGACCAAUCAGCCGGCGUAUAUGCAAAGACUGCUACUAUUUCCGGUGCCGUGACUGAUUCCACCGGCACAUACACGCUAAGCUGGGAGAAACGAGGAAAUAGCACCACCAAUACUCCCUUGCUAAUGUUCGCCUUUUCGCACCACAUGCAAUCGUUUGACGCCAAUACAAAGAGCGGCUUACAAGCAGUUCAACUCCAUACUACAACCAAGGGAAACGCCACUGCCUUAUUGGCAGACAGCUGGACUAUGACCGAGCCAAAUCUUCCAGUAGACAUGGAUUUCGCGCCCUGGUCACCCUCGUUUGGCAGCAUUUCGAAACUUUCUCCUGAUGUCAUUCAGACUGUUUUGGACUCUGCAAAGGCUGAAUUGACCCCAGACGUAGACGCACAGAGCAACCUGAACAGUAUGUACUACAGCGGCAAAGUUCUCAGCAAGUUCGCAACCCUCGUCUACACAGUCAAUACCCUCGCCAAUGACCCUCAGACCGCCGCAGCGACGCUUGAUGGUCUCAAAAAGGCUUUUGCCCGCUUCGUAGACAACCAACAGCAAUACCCGUUAGUCUACGAUAAUGUGUGGAAAGGCGUCGUGUCCAGCGCCGCCUUCGUGACCAAUGAUUUGAACCAAGACUUCGGGAACGGCGGUUACAAUGACCAUCAUUUCCAUUACGGAUACUUCAUUCAUGCCGCCGCCAUAAUUGGCGCUCUAGACCCAUCCUGGAUUGACGCGAAUAAGGCGUGGGUGAAUAUGUUGGUUCGCGAUGCUGGUAAUUCCGCAUCAAAUGACCCUUCAUUCCCCUUUUCGCGUGCUUUUGACUGGUUCCAUGGCCAUUCUUGGGCUAAGGGACUUUUCGAGUCGGCGGAUGGUAAGGAUGAGGAAUCAACGUCGGAAGAUGCCAUGUUCGCCUACGCCGUUAAGAUGUGGGGGAAGACGAGUGGUGAUAAGAGUAUGGAAGCACGAGGAAAUCUGAUGCUGGCUAUCCUCCGACGAAGUCUGAGCAAUUACUUCUUGAUGGAAGACAAUAACUUCAAUCAACCCCGAGACUUUAUCGGCAACAGGGUGACUGGUAUUCUCUUCGAAAACAAGGCCCAUCAUACAACCUACUUCGGCACCAACCUCGAGUUCAUCCAAGGCAUUCACAUGCUCCCCCUCCUCCCUUCAUCAGCCUACACACGCAACCAAAGCUUCGUUGAGCAAGAGUGGAAUUCAAUGUUUGCCGAACAAGCCUGCGAUCCAGCCUCGGCCGUUGCCUCUGGGGGCUGGAAAGGGGUGCUGUACGCGAACAGAGCCAUUACCAAUCCACAAGAAUCGUAUGCGUUUUUCAAACAGUCCAAUUUUAACUUGACCUGGAUUGAUGGCGGGGCCACGCGGACGUGGUAUCUUGCAUAUGCUGCAGGUUCGGAGCUAAUACUAGUUGACAUGCUAGGUCUCAAUGGCGGCACGAUAUAA